AUGGUGCUGUUUAAGUCUUUCCAUCCGCGGGUAGAAGUCCCCGAAGACAUCACGACGUGGCAAUGGGUUUUUGAGACGAAAGAAUUCUCCCCACUGUACAAGACGCCCCGAGAGCCGCUGGCUGGGUACGUCAAUGCAGUCACCAAAGAACGCUUGGAUUGGGCUGCCGUCAAGACCACAGCCACUCAGCUGAGCACGGCUCUGGUCAAAGAAUAUGGCUUUCAGCCCGGCGAGACCAUUUCCUUGUUCAGUACCAACACCAUUUGGUACCCGGUUGCUAUGUGGGCUACUAUCCGAGCAGGAGGAAGAGUCAAUGGCGCAUCUCCUGCCUACAAUGUUGAGGAGAUGACUUAUGCCCUGAAGAUCGCCAAGUCCAGGUUCCUAAUAACUCUGCCAACAUCCCUGGACGUGGCAUUGGCGGCAGCUCGAAAUGUCGGCAUCCCCCGCCACCACGUCUUCCUGCUGGAAGGCAAGGCGGACGGUUGCAUUAGUAUUCAAGAUCUCAUGAAGCGCGGUGAGAAGUACACUCCCGAUCCGCCCUACCAGAUACCGCGGGGCAAGACGAACAAGGAUAUCUGUGGGUAUUUGAAUUUCAGCAGCGGAACGACGGGAUUGCCAAAGGCUGUUAUGCUCUCACACCACAAUAUCAUUGCUCAGUGCCACCAACUCAGACAAAUCCAAGCUCCUGGGCGGUACAAGAUCCUUGCUGUCAUGCCGCUGUUCCACAUCACUGGCCUAGUGAGAUUCUGCACCUACCCGAUCUUCAUGAAUGGUGACAGUGUGAUGCUCCCUUCCUUCACCAUGGAAUCCAUGCUCCGCGCAAUCUGCGAGUUUCAAAUUCAAGAACUCAUUCUGGUCCCGCCAAUCAUCAUCCGCCUUGUCCGCGACAAGAUUGUUGACGACUUUGAUCUCCGCCACGUCAAUCGUUGGUCAUCCGGCUCCGCACCCAUCUCGCCUGAGAUAAUAGCCUUGCUGCAGAAAAAGUUCCCUUGGACGGGCUUUCGUCAGGGCUACGGAGCUACGGAGUCGACAUGUUGUAUUUCAGCGCAUCCGCCUUCGCAUUAUGAUUACAAGUACGCGACUACGGGAGGCCUGUUGGUCGCGAACACCGAAGCAAAGGUGAUUGAUCUGACGACCGGCAAAGAACUUGGUGUGGGCGAGACGGGGGAGAUUCUUGCCAGAGGACCUCAGAUCGCAAUGGGGUACCUGGACAAUCCGGCGGCUUCAGCGGAGACAUUUGACAAAGAUGGGUUCUUCCACACGGGGGACGUGGGGCAUUUUGACGCCGAGGGAUUGAUUCACAUUGAAGACCGGAUCAAGGAGAUGAUCAAAGUCAAGGGCUUACAGGUGCCGCCGGCGGAGCUAGAGGAUCUGCUUCUCGGCCACCCCGAGGUCGAGGACUGCGCGGUGCUAGGUACCCCCGACGAGUAUUCCGGCGAGCGACCCAAGGCGUACGUCGUUGUGAAGGACGGCGUCCAAGAGAGCGCCGAGGUCGCGAGGCGGCUGUUGAAGUUCGUCAAGGAGAGGAAGGUACGGUACAAGUGGAUCGUCGAGAUCGAGUUCACGCACCAGGUGCCCAAGAGUCCGACGGGCAAGCUUCUCCGCCGCAUCCUGAAGGUCAAGGAUAAAGAAGGCAAGGAUCGGGGGUUGAGGGUGAGGGACGAGCCGGAGAGGGCAAGGCUAUGA